AUGGCGACGCGACGGAUCAUAAGGCAAACCGACUCGAGUCAACGACUCGAACCGGCAGAUUUUUAUGUUAAGUUAGAGUUAGAGGAGAAAAUAGGAGACGCCCAUCCCCUACCUAAUCAUUUAGUAUUACUAAUAUUUGAUAUCCUGUCUGAGCUUAAGUCCCCGGUAGAAUGCGAAAAUGACCCUGAGAACCAUCAUACUGCGGCUGUGUCAGAACCUGAGAUUAAUUUUAUUGGAUAUUGCUCACCUGGUUCCCUCAUUUGCAGCCGAUGUCUCUCAUAUGGAGUGUGUCGAGUCCCAUAUACCCCUGUAAACUUCACUGGUGUGAAGUGA